UGUUCCCUAUUACCAUAACUACAUCUUGAAGAGAGGAGAGUGUGCGAGUCUUGUCUUUUGUUUCUUUUAUUACACACAAAUAGGUGAAACGAGGAAAGCUACUACUACUUCUUUUGGUACUUCCAUAAAUAGGUCUUUCCAUACGCAGAUAAUCAAGUUUGUUCAUCAUCUUCUCGUCGCCUCUCCAUCAAUACUUAUAUCUAUCUAUUUAUACAUAAUCGUGUUACUUAAUUUCCUCUUCCGUUAAUCUCCUUAAAACCUUUUAGGGUUUUAAAUCCUUUUGGCCACAGAAAAAAUUAAACAAGGAGUGAGAGAUGGUGAGGGGAAAAACUCAGAUGAAGAGGAUAGAGAAUGCAACAAGCAGACAAGUGACUUUCUCUAAACGCAGGAAUGGUUUGUUGAAGAAAGCCUUUGAGCUCUCAGUGCUUUGUGAUGCGGAAGUUUCUCUGAUCAUCUUCUCUCCUAAGGGAAAACUUUAUGAAUUCGCCAGCUCCAAUAUGCAAGAUACCAUAGAUCGUUAUCUGACGCAUACCAAGGAUCGAAUCAGCAACAAACCGGUUUCUGAAGAAAAUAUGCAGCAUUUGAAACAUGAAGCAGCAAACAUGAUGAAGAAAAUUGAACAACUUGAAGCUUCCAAACGUAAACUCUUGGGAGAAGGCAUAGGAUCAUGCUCGAUUGAGGAGCUGCAGCAAAUUGAGACCCAACUUGAGAAAAGUGUCAAAUGCAUUCGAGCAAGAAAGACUCAACUGUUUAAGGAACAAAUUGAGCAGCUCAAGCAAAAGGAGAAAGCUCUAGCUGCAGAAAACCAGAAGCUCACUGAAAAGUGGGGAUCUCAUGAAAUCAAAGUUUGGUCGAGCAAGAACAAAGAAAGUGGAAGAGGUGACGAAGAGAGUAGUCCAAGUUCCGAAGUAGAGACAGAAUUGUUCAUUGGGUUGCCUUCUUCUUCAAGAAAGUGAAGAAAGCACUCUUCACACAACAGCAAAAAUGCAAAAAAAAAGGGUUUAGCAGUGUAUAAGGUCAUGUAACAAAACUCUAAAGCUGCUUUCCUUACUGUCUUCUUUCUCUCUCAUUCUCUUCUUUAAAACUCUUGUUCAUGUGUUAUGUAUCUAUGUUCUUCUACAGUUGCCUACCUAGAUGUUUAUAUGUUUGUUGUUUAUUUUCAAGUUUUGUUAUCAUGUAUCAAUUAAUGCUUUUCCCUCCAAAUCAGGAAUACAUAUAUAUAGCUUAUUAUU